AUGCGUGGUACAAGAAAUCAACUCGACAAAGGCGACUCUGGUGCAACCUGCUUGGCAGCUGCGCUGAGCCACCUCACCAGCCUUCGGGAGCUGCAUGUAGGUCUGUGGAGCACUGGUCUUGGCCGGGGCCAAAGACGGCCAACAGGCCCCGAGGGCGUCGGGUCCCUGGCCGAAGCCCUCGAAAAGCUCCCCGAGCUCGCGAAGCUGGGCUUGGACUUGGGCCGGAACGAGCUCGGCGACGCUGCGGCGACCUGCUUGGCAGCUGCGCUGAGCGGCCUCACAAGCCUUCGGGAGCUGGAUGUAGAUCUGUGCGAUAUUGGUCUUAGCCGGGGCCACAGACGGCAAAAUGGUGGACUGGAACCUAAUCAACGAGCUGUGUCUGUGCAGAUUUGCAGCUGGAAGGGAGCUUCAAGGGAAGUUCGACACGCAGGCCUGGAGGGUGCCGGGUCCCUGGCCGAAUCCCUCGGAAAGCUCCCCGAGCUCGCGAAGCUGCGCUUGGACUUGACCGCGAACCACCAGCUCGGCCGGGGGCUUCAGCGUGAGACAGAGAGAGAGCGAGAGAGAGCGAGUCCAAAACGGCACAAGGGAAUCAAAGCGUCGUUGCUCAGGUGGAGCCAAACGGUAUCGGUAAUUGAGCGUACACUAAACCUAACUAGUGCGAGCCGGAUGCGGGUUAAGUGUUGA